AUGUUCUUGCAGUCUGAUGCUUCUGGACGCAUCCCGCUCACGUUUCAAGAGAUGGCCAUGCCUAGCAAGACGGCCCCUGACGUCCCUUGCUUUAUCAACUGGAAGUCUUCGAAGAAGGCGGCUGAUAAAGAGGAGGCUCAGAAACCUGUUCCUGCUGUGGCCGAACCCACAG